AUGUCUGUUGCGCCCGUUAAGCCUGGUAGUAAGCAAUCAUCCUUCACCUUGAAUGGUCAUCAAAUCAGGGAGACUUACAAGCCUCGACUGAGCGCAGCAAGUAGCUCAACGAAGCCUUCACCAACAGUAACUACAGUUCUCAAGAGCAAUAUUGCUCGCCAGCAGUCAAGCAGCCAGUAUGUGUUGAAUAGGUCUCUCAUAAGCACUGCGCCGUCGUCCUGGGCCCUGAAUCAAGAGCUCAAAGUGAAAAUUCUGGGCAUUCACAAGAAAUACUGGACCAAAGACGUCUAUUUCGCCAUGUCAGAAUUAGGGACCGUCACAAAGAUCGACAUACAAUCUUGCAGCCGAGACAACAACGUCUGGGUGAUUUUCCAACCUCCUCCCAAAAACCUCCCUCCUCAACGCCUUCGCAUCAACCAAGACUUCGUGCGAUAUGAAAUACAGACACCAUGGACCAGUACUGUUCCUAGCCCGGUAGAUUCUGCGCGGGACUAUCAGGAGUGCAACAUCCUGUUUGCUGACUCGAUCGACUUUGGCGUCCGGAUUGCAGAAUCUGGUUUGGCCAAAAUGCAUGAAGUGCGUAGCAAGGGUAACAUCCAAGUCACCCUGGACCUCAAACGAAAAGAGCUCGACAUCCAGUUCCCUAUGGCAAUCGACCUUGAGAACUAUAACUUUCGCUUCAGAUUGCCGAUCACCCAGCUUUCACACAUCUACAGGAUACAGGAUGGCGACAAUUCAUCAUCCUUGAUCAUUCCCUUUGAUGUACCACCCCAAUUCUUCGCCCAGAAGAAACUAAGCACGCAUGACAGCGAUUUCUUCCCGACGAAAGAGCGUUCCUGGAAGGUUUGGAGCACGUGGUUCCGUGAGACUGACGUGGUUGAUGGCCGCACGCGGCGACAAUUGCAGACGAUGCCGUUGAUCCAACACAAGGGCUCAGCCACCAUCGAUAUAGGUCAAUGGACCGCUUAUCGCCUACUGUUCAAUAACGAAACAAUGUCCGGUCCACAGUUCGACGAAUUCCGCAGUGCGCUCGGCGACUUUGGCGUUACCAUCCAAGACUCUGACCAGUUCACCACAUCUCCAGGGCAUCCAUUCCGACUAUCUGAAAUAUUGGGAGAAGAGUUUGCAGACACAUACUCUCAUACAGAGUCUUCGCACAAAGCAUCCAUCUUUGACGAUCUUGUUUCCGAUCAGGUUCACCUCGCUUUUCCUGUCCGUUAUCAGCUUGAAGCUUGCAUGUCAAAUGGAUUCAUCAAAGAGAACAGCGUGACACGCGAAUUCCUCAGGAAGCUUGAGAUUAUGGACCCUCUCCGAGCCGUGCAUAUCCUUGAAAAGGUGGUCGACAAACAGCACGUUUAUUACGACCCUAUGGACAUCUUUAUGAUUCGUAUCAAAAGCAUUCGUCAGAGAUCGAUACCUAGACACUGUGUAAUGCAGCGGUCUGUCAACAUUACACCGACCAUGAUGCACGUUGCCUCUCCCAUCAUGGAAAUCUCGAACAGGAUUACCCGUCAAUACCUUGCAGAUGCCGAACGAUUCAUCCGUGUAAAAUUCUCAGACGAGAAGGGCGAAGGUCCUCUGAGAAACAUGCCAGGCGGCAGAGCUGAUGCGCUCUUCAAUCGAGUGAGUCGUGCCAUGAAGCACGGUAUCGUCGUAGCUGGUCGCUACUACGAGUUCCUGGCAUUUGGGAACUCACAGUUUCGGGAGAACGGUGCAUACUUCUACGCACCAACAUCCACUAAGUCGGCGCAUGACAUCCGCAUGACUCUGGGCCAAUUCGACCAUAUCAAGACUAUAGCCAAGUACGGUGCUCGGCUUGGACAGUGCUUCUCCACCACUCGCGCGAUGCAAACUACUGUUAACGUACAGAAGAUUCCCGACAUCGAGCGGAAUGGCUACAGUUUCACCGAUGGAGUCGGAAAGCUGUCAGAGUUUCUUGCGCAGAUGGCUGCACAAGAUCUCGGAUUGCACAAUGCGUUCGACGACCCGCCGUCUUUGUACCAGUUCCGCCUAGGUGGCUGCAAAGGUGUGCUUGCUCUUGAUCCAGCCCUCAAGAAGAAGGAAGUCCACAUUCGUCCCAGCCAGCACAAGUUUGACGCUGUGUACACCGGUCUGGAGAUUAUCCGCUGCUCUUCCUUAGCCACACCGUUCUUUAACCGCCAAAUUAUCAGCAUACUUUCACAUCUGGGUGUAUCCGAUCGUGUCUUCAUCCGGAAGCAGCAGCACAUGGUGAAUGCGUACGAAUUGGCCAUGACGAACAAGACAGAAGCGAUGGAUUGUCUUUUGAAGCACAUCGAUAUGAAUCAGACAACUCUGACGAUGGCGAGCAUGGUCCUCGACGGAUUUUUAGAGAGUCGAGAGCCAUUCAUGAUGUCGCUCCUGCAUCUUUGGCGUGCUAGCACCAUCAAGGAUCUCAAAAAGAAAGCUCGGAUCGCUAUCGACGAUGGUGCUUUCGUACUUGGCUGUGUCGACGAAUCCGGUAUAUUGCGCGGCCACUACGAUGAACCGCAAUCGCGACUUGAUGCUACCCGGGAAGAGAAACUUGACACGCUGCCAGAGAUUUUCAUCCAAAUCGAUAAUAGUAGCCGGAAAGGCCAUUACAAGGUCAUCGAGGGCACUUGUAUACUCGCGCGUAAUCCGUCUUUGCAUCCUGGAGAUGUUCGUGUUGUUCGUGCAGUCGACAAACCAGCUCUUCAUCAUCACAAAAACGUCGUUGUACUUCCCCAGGAUGGCGAUCGCGAUCUCGCCAAUAUGUGCUCAGGCGGCGACCUUGAUGGCGAUGACUACAUGGUCUUGUGGGAUAACGAUCUCUUACCGAAGACCAUCAACGUCCCUCCUAUGGACUUCACACCCGUGAAGCCGAUUGAGAAGGUGGGCCCCAUAGACAUAGCCGAUGUCAGUGACUUCUUCGUCACCUACAUGAAGAACGAUUCGCUCGGUCGAAUCGCCCAUGCCCAUCUCGCACAAGCUGAUCAUCAAGACGCGGGGGUCAACAGCCGUGUAUGUUUGGAGCUCGCGAACUUACAUUCACAGGCAGUCGACUACUCAAAGAGCGGCAUUCCUGCCGUCAUGGACUACGCGCUGGGGCCCAAGAAAUGGCCUCAUUUUAUGGAGAAGAAGCACAAACCUGCGAGUCAAAUAUAUGACUCCAAGAAAAUAUUGGGCCUAUUGUACGAUCAAGUGCAGCUCGUUGACUUCAAGCCGACGUGGGAAGACAACUUUGAUCAGCGGAUACUUGAUGUUUUUGAUCUCGACAAGCCUCUGCUACAGAAGGCUGCGGAGACCAAGGCGGACUACGACGAUGCCUUGAAGAGAUUGAUGGCGAAACAUGGUAUCAAAACAGAAUUUGAAGCUUUCUCUGUCUUUGUCCUGGUACACAAUGAAGAGAGCCGCGACUACAAGUUUGCCGAGGAGUUUGGGCGGACAGUUGGAGCGUUGAAGGCACAGUACCGAGAGACCUGCAUCGCCGCUGCCGAAGCAACAAGCAUCGUCGAGUGGGAUCGCAUUGGGCCCUUCGUCGCUGCAAUGUACUCGGUGACAGCGAAGGAGAUGAGGGAGGCGCUUGAUGAAUGCCGAAAGACUAAGACUGUCGGGGGCCAGGAGGUACCGUUACGCAGGAUGGACGCCGAGUCUAUGCCGUUGAUGUCCUUUCCAUGGAUAUUCUACAGCGAGCUGGGCAAGCUGGCGACUGGUGCCCGCACAACAACCCAACUGGAAAUUACUCGAGGAAAACGACCGCAGACGCAGCAUCAUAGCAAUGGCAAGGAGACCGGGUUCGAACUUGGCACCGUAGAGACCGAUGAAGGGGUGACACGGUUCGGAGAAGUGCUAAAUUUGGACUUUGAAGACACCCAGGCAACAGUUAGCCCUGAGCAUUUCUCCAGGCCAGGAGAUCACGGAAAGCAGGAGGAAGGAGCGCAGCCUAGAGGGUCACCGCCUGUUACGUCCUCGUCUUUUAGAUCAGCAGCUGCUAUUCUUUCAGACGACAGCAAGGUGUAUGACAGGCAGUGGCCUGAAGAGGAUGCGUGA